AUGUUACAGCACCCUUCACAAUCGUACACAAAUCAAAACCAAAGCCUUCAAGGACAAGGAGGGUCAGGUCCUGCUCAACCACUAUGGGGUGGACCAUUUCCAAGUCUUCAUCUCUGGCCUCUUCAAGAUACCUUUGUCAUGAAGAUGAUCCAUUUGCCAGAGGGCCAAAGGAUCAAGAUAGGUCGUCAGACAAAUACCAAGACCGUACCUGGAGAACGUAAUGCCUACUUUGAUAGUAAAGUGUUGUCAAGGUUGCAUGCUGAAAUAUGGGAACAAGGUGGAAAGAUCUUCAUCAAAGACGUGAGAUCGUCCAACGGUACUUUCAUCAACGGGGAGAGGUUGAGUCCGGAAAGUGUGGAGAGUGAACCGUUUGAAUUGAAAAAUGAGGAUCAGGUGGAAUUCGGUAUCGAUAUUGUCAGUGAAGAUAACCGUACUAUAGUACAUCAUAAAGUCGCUGCCAAGGUGUAUUGUGUAUUUGGUCCAGAAGAUGCAGCUUUGAGUGCUCGAGAGUUGGUAAAUUAUCAGAAUCAAGAUACACGCGGUGUGAGGCGCAUGCCUCCUCAGCAGAAUGGACAUGUCAAUAAUCAACUAUCUCAAAUGGGUCCUGCAAUCAUGAGUAGCGGAGGUAAAUCUAGCGGUCUAAGCUUCGAUCAUGUUCUCACGAAAUUGCAGAACGAACUUCGAGCAAGUAAGGAGACCGGUACGGAACUGCAGAAUUUAGCUACUGCUUUUACAGACAUUCAAGACACAUUAGGUGGAGGGCUGCCUCCAUCACAAAACGGCUCAGCUGCUCAAUUUAUCCCUCCGCAAUUUCGAUCCGCCUCAGCCGAAGCUCAAGCUGCGUUAGCUGGACCUCACGGCCAACAAGCAGCUGCAUUCAUAGCUUUGCAGAACCAGUUGACCGAAACUCAAACUUCACUGGGAUCGCAGCUGGAGAAGAUCCGUCUACUGGAAGGUCAGCUGAAGGAGCAUGAGUCAGUGAAAAGCGAGAUAUCACUGAUGAGGGAGCAGAUGGAAGAAUCAAAGAGAGAGAUGGAUCUUUUACUCGCCAGUGGAGGGAAUAUCCUAAAUGGUGGAUCUCACGGUAGAGGUAGACCAUUAACGAGGAGGAAUGAAGAUGACGACGACGACGAUGAUGAUGCUAGGAGUGUGAUGACUUUGAUGGAUAAUGAAGAGUCCGAACAGCGAGUUAGAGAUCGACGUCGAGCAGAUAGGGAAGGUCCCGAAUCGAGAAGAGAUAGGGAUAGAAGUGGGAUAGAGAGACCUAGGACACCUGAACCUACCAACCUCAAUGGAGACGCUGAAUCGGAUGAUGACGAUGGACCUUCUCAACCGAAUGGUAUUGCCGCUACUACCUCUGAUUCGUCACGCGAGACCGAGAUCAUCCAGCAGAAUGCCGAAUUGGUAGGGAAGAUAGCGAUUCUGUCGGCAGAAAUCCAAGAAGCAGUUACGAUAUCUCAAACAUUACGAAAUCAACAUACCGAAGCUAUGUCAGCUGUCAAACUUCUUACUGAACGUGUAGGCGCGCUAGAGACGGGUUUGGCAUCCAAGGUAGCAGAGGAAGUUGAAAAGGCCGAACAGAGAUGGGAAGUAUGGAAAGUGAAAUUUGAAGAAGGAUGGAAGAAGGAAAGAGAAUCUUGGGAUCACGAGAGAGAAAGACUGAGAGGGGUGGUGAGAGAAUGGGAAGAAGCUUCGAGAAGAGCUCAUGAGGAAGAAGAGGAAAGGGAACUAAACGAAAGUCUAAGUGAAGAUGAGCUAGAUGACGACGACGAAGAAGAUGAUGUGAAGGAUGGGGAAAGACAACCGAACGAAGUUUUGUCGUUAGAUGGAUGGCAGGCGGAUGGUAAUGGCUCGAAUUCCAUUGGGUCAAAUAAAUUGCCUUCGUUGAAUACAUCGAAGAAAUCAAGACGAAGGAGAUCAAGUCAGAAAGCAUUAUUGGCCGUGCAAGCUCUGAAGAACGUGUCUGAUCCUACAGCCUCGACACCACCUGAUACAACCAAGAAUAAUGGCGGAUCGUCAACACCGAAAAGUACUUCAUCUGGCCUCAUUGAUAAUCCACCUUUGAUCAACGGUUCUUCCUUGAAAAAUCAAAAUUCGAGAUUGAAGAAUAGGAAUAAGAAGAAUAAGCAGAAUCAGAAAUCGUCAAGAUCUGGCUUAAGUAUGACUGCACACCUGGACAAUGUUGGGGGAAAGGAUAAAGAUAAUUCGAAUUCAAAUUCCUCUGAAUCAGGUAGAGAGAGCGUAUCGACGCUGAAAGAUGGUGAUGAGACCGAUGUGGUGGGAACGAAGAGUGGAUCGAUUACCGGAAAGAAUAAAGAUAAGAAAGAUGUUCAGGUGAUAAGGCCUGUCCCUGUCUUCACUGUGCUGGUGGUUUUGGUAGCUGCUGGUGUAUAUUGGCAUAAAUUUCACAAGGAUUAG